UCUCAAGGCGAAGAUCUCCAAGGUAUCUGGAUUGUCGCCUUGGGCACAUCUACAGCGUCUCGGGACAGGUAAAAUUAGAGAAACCAGUAAGUAGCAGGGUAGAUGUGGAUCAGGUGACAGAAGCAAGCCGAGUGUAUGUGGGUUCUCACCUGUGGAGGUUUUAAGUCCGCGCUCGAUCAUAACCAGCAACCACCACCAAGUGCACAUCCGCAAAAUGACCUACAUCACCAACGUCGUCUAUGACAACGAUGCCAAUGCGGCUUUCGACAUGGAGUACUACAUCAAGACGCACAUGCCUCUCGUUCAAAAGCACUGGGGUCCCCGAGGCCUCGAGUCGUGGCGCGUCUUUGACUACAGCAAGGACAGCAGCUCGCCCUACAAGGUGCACGCCCUUCUGAUGUGGAAGGACCAAGCCUCUGCCGACGACAGCAUAUCCAAUCACGGAGCUGAAGUAUUUGGCGACGUGCCCAAGUUCACAAAGUUGACCCCGAACAAGUUUGCCGGUCACCUCGUUUCGUCCUCGUCUUCCUCCAACUAAGAAGAAAACUUCUGCUUUCCUCAUCAUUUCGACCAUUUCCCCCAUCAGCAAUUACUUCCACUGUUCUUCAAAGCUUCACGAAAGCACCACGAAAGCACUCGGAUGCUGUACAUAGCAGACUCAUUGGA